AUGGACGAUUUUUCGGUACAGGAAGAGUUACUCGCUUUAGUUCCGUUGCUCGGAACAACAGGUUUAGAUAUUUUUAAUGCCGUUAAAAAGUGCAUUGUCGAAAUCGGUGGUUUCCACAAAUGCUCUGCAAUUUGCACCGAUGGAGCACCGGCUAUGGUCGGUAGAGAAAAUGGCUUCGUUGAGGCAUUAUGUGGAAAUACUAUCAGAAUGUUCUCUGUAAUGAAAGAUGUUACGAAAAUUACGAACAUAAUACGCGGAGGAAAUCGAUCAUUAUCUCACCGAAAAUUGAAAGCAUUUUUGGAAGAAGUUGACGUGGAAUACCGAGAUGUACUGCUUCAUUCUGAAGUUCGUUGGCUUAGUGCAGAAUUAGCAUUUCUAACGGACUUUACAAAUCAUUUGAACAAUUUAAAUUUACAUUUGCAGGGAAAGGAACGCACUAUUUCUGAUAUGUUGACGAAUAUUAAUGGAUUCCGAUCUAAACUUACGUUGUUCAAACUGCAACUAGCCAAAGAAAAUGUUUAUCAUUUUCCGAGUUGCUCCGAAUUAAAACAGGAAUACAAGGAAGUAAACUUUUCAGGAUUUGCUUCCAUUAUUGAUGAAGUCUCAAGUGAGUUUGAACGUCGUUUUAAAGAUUUUAAAUCUCUAGAACCGGAUGUCAUUUUUUUCAAUAAUCCUAUGAAAAUUAAUCUUGAACGUGUUAGAAGUGAUCUUCAAGAAGAAAUGUGCAAUUUACAAAAUGAUCCGUUCAUGCUAUCGAGAACAGAAACAAAUGCUGCAAUUUUUGAAGUCAUGCCACAAGAUCG